AUUUGCUGGCUUCUCUUUUAUUAACAAAGGUUGCCUUAUUAAUGUAUCCUUUUCCCCUUUCGAUUAACUGCCUCCACCUCUCUUCCUCCCUCGAGUACCCCCCUCCAUAAAUACAUUCAACUAGGCAUUUGCAACUCUACCAUGAAACUUCAACUGAACUCGUCAUUACUUUCUACAUCCAGUCAUUUUUGAAUCUCGGAGACUGAUGGGCCUCCCUCAAUCCCCAACCCCUUCUCAUCUUUAUCCUCAAGAGCUUCAACUUAAACUCUAUCAGGCUUUCAUAUUCUCAAUUCCUAUCCUCUUCUCCAUUAUUCUUUUUCUGUUGUUUUACUUGUUCUACAUCAAAAGAAGGACUCCAUCGCUUUCAUCUCCUCCACGUAUAAUUCAAAGGAGUUCCAAUCAAGCUACUCCAUAUCAUGUCUCCUCUAGUUAUCAGAAGGAAGAGAUUGCAAACAAGCUUCAAAUAGUCUUGUUUGAUGAAGAAUUAAGGACAAAGGACUCUCAAUGCUGUGUUUGCUUGGGCGAAUUCUUGAUCAAAGAGGAAUUGCUUCAAAUCCCAUCAUGCAAACAUGUGUUUCACAUGGACUGCAUAAAUCAUUGGCUGCACUCAAACUCAACCUGUCCACUUUGCAGAUGUUAUGUCAUAUUCCCCACCACCAAAUUUUGUACCAAUCCGCCACAAUCUAGUGGACCUGUGCUCCUGCUGCAAUCUAGUGUUGGUGCAAACUCUCACCAGCCUCAGAAUAUAACAUCUGAACUGCAGCAACAACAAGAUGUUGGUGCUGGAUCGACAGAACAGCUUGUGAUACCUAUAGAAGAAUCAUCAAGUGUGGCAUCACAAUUGAGGGACUCUUCUAGGUUACCUGAGCUAUCCAUUUCCAUGGAGAAUGGAAGGGGUUCUCCAAAUGGAGAAUCUGUUAUUCUUCAUAUCCGAAGACAUAGUACAUGAAGAAAAUUCUUGCCUCUAUACGAAGUUGAAAUAAAUAGAUAGGCAAAUGUUCUGAUCAAGGCAGAACAGUACCAAAUGGCAUGCGCAUGCUUUCAGUUGGCUGCGUAAUUCUGUUUUGAGAAUUUCUUGAAAGGGGUUAGAUAUCAAAAGGCCGGUCACUAGUAAUAGUGUUGGUGAAGUCACAGAUAAGGCCAGCCUUGUACAGAGAUCCGAGAUCCGGAUUGAGCUCAUUUCAUGUAUUAAACGCAGAAAUUACACGAGAAGCAUGCGAAAAGACUAACUUUUUUGCCC